CAACAGAGUGAAGGGAGGAGCAGAAGUUUCUAACGGAGAGAAGAGAAGGAGGAGAAGAUGGAGGAAUGAGAGGAGGAGGAGAUGAAGAAGAGGAGGACAGAGAGCUGAACGCUGUCCAAUCAGAACCCGCUGCAGAACCACAUGAGGGUCCGGCUACCCAUGACCAAUGAGCAGGAAGAACGGCCAGCUGGAGGGUCGCCUUGACGACCUCCUGUCACGCAUCGCCAUGGAAACACAGGAGAUCAAAGAGCUGGAGCAACAGCUGACCAGCAAUCAGAUUCUGGCCAACGAAGCGCUGCAGAGGGAUCUGCAGGAGGCAACUACUGGACUGCAGGAGUACCUGAGAGGGCUGAGGCAGCAGUCCCGGCGCUCUCAGCAGCAGGUCCAUGUUCUUCAGGCGGAAAACCGGAGCCUGCGGCGCCUCUUGCAGGACUCCCACAGACACUGCAGGAUGGUGCAGGACCCUCAGCAGGAGGAGCUGUCUGCGCUGUGGACGGAGGUUCAGGCUCUGAGGGUCCGACAGGCGGAGCUGGAGGCGGAGCUUUGGCAGCUCAGGGCGGAGCCAGACCACCAGGUCCAACUGGACCAGUUUUACCCGACCCGGAUCCAGCUGGAGCGGCUUCCCCGCAGUCUACCAGAACCAAAGAACCAGACGGAACCACAGGAUGGAGCCAGUUCUACAGACUCUCUGAGCGCCGAGCGGCUCCACGGGUCGGCCCACCAGAACCGGACCGGCAGGCAGGAGGUCCGACCGGGCCAGAACCAGACAGUAGAGCAAAACCUGGCUCCCAGUCUGGCCUCUCAAGGGACUCAGGACUCUGGUUUGGAGCUGCAGUACCUCAGUUCUCCUGACAGGGGGCGACAUCAGGAAGAACUUCCUUCAGGAGGACGAAUUCGUCCAGCAGCCCAUGACCCGACUGAAGUUGUCUCUGCUGGGACUUCCCAGGGUUCUCCAGCAGGGGGCAGGAUGUCAAGGCGCAGAGAUAAGGGAGGCAGAUGUGUGUCAGACUGCCUGGAAGAGAAGAAGAUGCAACGGUCCCUGCGGCGACACAGGAGUGUGCUGCAGGUGUGUGAUGAGCUGGUGUGUUUGGAGGGAACUCUGCUGCAGAGACGGGCAGAGCUUCGCCAGGCCGACCGGCUGCUGCUGGAGGCUCAGAGCUGCCGCCGGACGGCCAGGAGAGACGCUGACUCGCUGCAGCACCUACUGGACGACAGCGCCACCUGUCUGCUGGAGGCCACAGGGCACCUCAGGGAGCUGCAGGAGGGGGCGGAGCUGCUGAGGAGGAAGAGGGAGGAAGAGGAGCGGCGACUCAGGAAGAUGGAGGAAGAGCUGAGGAGCCGACAGGAGGAGCUGCAGCAGCUGGAGUCAAAGGUCACCAGAGCUGCAAAUAGACUAGCUGAUCUGCUGUCAGACUGUAGGGAGGCUCAGGAGCGCCUGGACUCUCUCACCUGUCAGGAGCAGCGCAGCGUCUGGCUGCCAGGGGGCAGCAGAGAGCUGGAGGACCGGAGGAGACGCACUGACAGGUCUGGGACCAGAACGUCCUGUCCGCCCUUCAUCAUCUAAGGGGGUGGAGCUACAGAAGAAGGUGGAGCCAGUGGAGGGCAGGAAGUCACUAAAGGAGCUACAAAAGGUCAUCAGCGUUAGAGGGAGGAGCCACAUGGAAGAGGCGGGGUUAUAAAUGACUGACAAAGAGGAAGAGCUACAGAAAAACUUUAUUACAUGAAUUCAAAAAACAUUUAAUUUAUGCAGCCAGCUGCUGAUCCUCUGGACCUGUUUGGGUCCUUCUGACAAGGUCAGAUUAGUCCCCAGAACUGAUCUGAACCUUGUUCUCUAAAACGUUUUACUCUGAAAACCCAGCAGGAAGUGAGUCCCCAGCCUCUGGUUCUGGUGGGCCGACCUUCGGACUUGGCUGCGGCUUGGUUCAGGUGUUGGUGCUGCUCGGUCUCUUAAAGCUCCCCCUCCAGGUGCUUCAGGUGUGCUUUCUCUCUACUGUCACGGUUGCCAGGCAACAGAGAACCUGAGGGCUGCAGUGGCGGCUGUCGACCUGCAGGAGGAGCCGCUGCAAACAGAGAAACCUGAAUCAAUAAUUAAUAAUCAGCUCAGUGGAUUUACUUCAAUAUUUAUCAUUGUUAAAUGUUAAAUGAUAUUUCAUUGUACAAAAAUAAUUACAUUUUUACACAAAUGAUAGAUAAAAAAAUAAACAGUGCUUUGAGA